AAAAUACGUAAAAUAAAAGCGAAUUUAAAAUGACUACAUACUGGAAGUCGCAAGAUCGCAAAUAUUGUGAAUUUUGUAAAUGUUGGUUUGCAGACAAUAAAGUUUCAAUUUCAUUUCAUGAAAAUGGCAAAAAGCACAAAGAAAAUGUCAAAAAACACAUAAAUCAAUUAAGUAAAAGAAGUGCUAAGGAAUUCAAGCAGAAGGAGAAAAUUGAGAAUGACAUAAAAAAGAUGGAAGCAGCAGCAAUGACUGCUUAUUUGAAAGAUAUACAAAAUAAUGCCGACCUGACUUCGCAGAGUAUCAAUGAAAUGUUAGAAGUAAGUGGAAACACCAGCAAAGAUAUCAUAGUACCAAGUAGCAGUAGUAAGAAAGAUGUUCCCGUUUGGAAAGAAGUUAAAAAUGAAGAAAACGAUAGUACAUACUUCUGGAAUAUGGAGACUAAUGAGACAACCUGGGAUCCACCUGACAAUUACGUGUCUUUGGCGCAGCAAGAGCAAAAGAAACUAAAUGAUAAAGAAGAACAAAAAAGACAAAAAAAAUUAAAAAAACAGAAACUAAAAGAUGCUGCCAUGGAAGUAAAAGCUCAUAUGACAAGAGAAAGCAUGAGAGAGUUAGCAGUUGACAAGGACAAGCCUCCCCCCACUUCCAACAUACCUUUAUUUGGACCUGUUACUGCGAGCAAACCCUAUGGGUCUUGGAAACCUGUUGUGAAAGAACCAGAGCAAAAAAUCGACUUACAAUUACCAAAAUCAAAGAAAGAAGUAAUACCUCCACCUGUUGUUGUGGAGCCAGAAACAGUACAGUUUAAGGAAAAGCGGAUCGAAUCACUUGGAGAGGGGCCAGUUGAAUUUAAGAAGAGAAAAUUAAACAAAAGAAAUAUAAGACAAAAGUUAGAUGAUGAUUAAUAAAAUAUUUUUUAAGGAA